AUGGAUCCAGUUCUGGUGAUAGGAGGAUGUGGCGGGUUGGGCCAUACCAUCGUUAAACAGCUGCUGGAAAAAGGAGACGCAUCAAACGUGACGGUGUUUGACAUUGAGAUGAAGAGAAACGUCUUGGAUGGGGCCAGGUACAUCAAGGGAAGCAUAGGCAGCAAGGAAGACAUCCAGAGAGCCUUGCAACAGGUCAAGCCUCGUACCAUCUUCCACUCAGCCUCGCCUCUGCUCAUGCAGCAGAAGAAUACCCAGCGUCUCUACGAGAAGAUAAACGUCGAGGGCAACCGAUAUCUACUAGAUGCCAUCCAGGAGGUGCAGUCCGUUAGAGCUUUGGUCUACACAUCCAGCUCCUCCGUUAUCCACAAUGGCUUUUCCGACAUCAUAGAGGCCACCGAAGACCUACCCAGAGUCUUUUAUCCAGAACAGCCAGAGUACUACUCGCACACCAAAGCACUGGCGGAGGAGAUGGUAGUUGCAGCCAACAGAACUAAUGGUUUGCUGACGGUAAUCCUGCGAGGUACAACUCUUUUCGGCGAAGGGGACACUAUGACAAUUCCUCGCAUGGUCGAUAACGCAAAGACCGGCCGGAACAAGGUUAGAGUCGGCGACGGGAAGAACCUGUUUGAUUUUACGUAUCUGGGCAACUGUGCCUACGCCCAUGUUCUAGCCGCCAAGGCACUGGUCGAGAUUGAUCCGGCUGCGCCGCCACCACCGGCCGACAAGCGGGUUGACGGGGAGGUCUUUGUGGUGACCAACGACGAGCAUAUAUCAUUCUGGGAGUUUGUCUAUGCCGUGGGUGACGCAGCUGGCUAUCCCACAAAACGAGAGGAGAUCUGGCAGGUCCCAGCUGCCCUCUUCUUUGCCGUUGUCGUCGUGGUCGAGUGGGCUGUCUGGGCCAUCAGCCUAGGUAGGAGAGAGUCGAGUCUCAACCGCAAGAUGGUUCGCUACCUGUCCAUGACGCGAACAUUCGACAUUUCGAAGAUCAAGACCCGGCUGGGCUAUCGUCCGCUGGUGGGCAUGCAGGAGGCCAUGAAGCGGAGUGUUGAUGCCUACAUGAAGGAGCAGUCCACUCAGUCAUGA